AGAGAUAAUAUAAACAAAUUGUAUUUACUUUCAUUUUGAAAGCAUCAUUUUACAAUAGUAAAGAUUCUUUAUUCCUAUAUACAAUGAGUCAUAAAACUGGCCAAGUUGGCCGUAAAAAAACUCAAGUGUCAUUUGUGAUACGUGAAGCUGAAGAACGAAGACAUAGAGCAGGUAUUAAUGCCUUGCAGCUUGAUAGUAAUAUGUCUCGCUUAUAUUCAGCUGGACGAGAUAGUAUUAUAAGGGUAUGGAAUUGUUCACAAAAUGUCCAGGAACCCUACAUUACUAGUAUGGAACAUCAUACCGACUGGGUCAACGAUAUUGUUUUAUGUGGUGGUGGAAGAAAUUUAAUUAGUGCUAGUAGUGACACAACUGUGAAAGUCUGGAAUGCACAUAAAGGAUUUUGUAUGUCUACACUUAGAACUCAUAAAGAUUAUGUUCAAGCUUUGGCUUAUGCUAAGGACAAAGAGCAAGUGGCAAGUGCAGGUCUGGACAAAGCAAUAUUUCUGUGGGACGUUAAUACAUUAACAGCUACAGCUAGUAAUAACACUGUUACUACAUCAAGUUUAUGUGGUAAUAAAGAAUCAAUUUACAGUUUAGCAAUGAAUCCAAGUGGAACAGUUAUAGCGAGUGGAUCAACUGAAAAUGUGAUACGAUUUUGGGAUCCUAGAACAUGUCUAAGGCUAAUGAAACUCAAAGGCCAUUCUGAUAAUAUUAAAGCCCUAGUUGUUUCAAAAGAUGGUAACCGAUGUUUAUCAGGAAGUAGUGAUGGCACUAUAAAGCUUUGGUCAAUAGGAGAGCAAAGAUGCAUGCAAACAAUACAUGUUCAUUCAGGUGCCGUGUGGACCCUGCUAGCAACAGAAUCUUUCAGUCAUGUUAUAUCUGGUGGUAGAGACAAAAGAGUAUAUAUGACAGAAUUGAGAAACACAGAUCAUAAGGUAUUGAUUUGUGAAGAAAAGAAUUUUAUUUUAAAUUUAUGCUUUUCAGUUGACUACCAAAGUGUGUGGGUUACUACAGCAGAUUCAGAUAUUAGAUGUUGGAAAUUACCUCGAAUUUCACAUAUUAGCCAAGAAUGUGCUAAAUAUACUCCCAGCUUAAUAAUGACAAUUAAAGGAGCUGCCGCAAUAAGACAAUAUCACAUUUUAAAUGAUAAGAGACAUGUUCUAACAAAGGAUUCAGAAUUAAAUGUUGCUUUAUAUGAUGUACUGCAAGCAUCAAAAGUUGAAGAUUUGGGUCAUGUGGAUUUCGAGAAAGAAAUUACUAAUAGGUUUAAAAAAGUGUAUGUGCCAAAUUGGUUUAAUGUAGAUUUAAAAAUAGGUAUGUUAUCUAUAAAUUUAGGACAGGAUGAGGUUGAUUGUUUUGCAGCCUGGGUUUCUGCGAGAGAUGCGGGUUUGCCAUCCUCAGUUGAACCUGACAAGAAAGUGAAUUAUGGCAACUUGUUAUUGCAAGCUUUAUUACAACAUUGGACUUCUUUAAAUAUUGAAAGGGAAAUUUAUGAACAAAUAACAGUACCAAAUCAUACACCAUUAAUAUUCAGUGAAGUUGGAGGCCGCACCUUAUAUCGCUUGCUGGUGAAAGAUGCAUCAGGAGAGAAUGAAUCAUCUCUUCUGAAUGAUACUAUACCACAAUGGGUAGUAGAAAUUAUUGUUAAUCGUGAUAUACCAAAAUUCAAUAAGAUAUCAUUUUAUUUAUUACCUCAUCCAAGUGUUUCUCCGCAUAUAUUAAAACAGGAUAAACUUAAAAGAGACAGACUUGUUGCAAAUGAUUUUAUUCAAUGCAGAAAAGUUGCUGAGCAUGUGAUAGAUAAGGUUUUGAAUGCUGAAGUUUCAUCAGGCAGUCCACAAAAUCAAUCUGAUAAUAGAACAAUGACCACAUCUACUAAUAAUUCUACAAGAGAAGGUGAUGGACCACUUCCAGAAGAGAGAGUAGAAUUACUUUGUAAUGAACAAGUACUUUCUCCAACAAUGGAUCUGCGAACUGUAAGACAUUUUAUUUGGAAAUCUUCUGCUGAUCUGAUGAUUCAUUACAAACCAAUUAAAUGAAUGUAUGACUGUGAAUAUGUUUAUAAAAAAAAUAUAACAAAGUGACAUUUAAAUAAUAAAUAUAUUUAUUACAUGGAUUUAUAGAAUACAUAUGA